AUGAAUAAAUGGGCAGCCAAGUUGUUAUUAGUUCUCCUUUCUUUAAAAGCAAAAAUUUCCUUUUUAAGAGAAAUAAAAAGUACUCAGUUAUAUGUAGAUUAUAGUAAAGGGUACAAGACAAAAACUACCCCACUUUACAACUACCUUCGUCAAGUAGCAGAUGGUAUAAAACAAAAUGUAAAAUGUAAAAAGGCUUUAUAUAGGCGGGAAAGAAAAAUCUUAAAGAGAUUUAACAGAAUAAACCAGGUCGAGAGGGGUACCACAACCCCAUCUACUAUAGCUAGCUGUCAAAAGAGUAGCGAUGAGGAAAAUAGCAGCUAUAAUGAAAACAACAAUGAAGAAAGCAACGAUGAUGGUAACAAUGGCAGUCGUGUAGAGGAUAGAACAAAGAACAUACUUAUUAGUAGGUCCUUUCAAGGAAUAAAGGUGUACCCCAUAAGACAGCCGGGAGAGGAAAACCCCUUGAGGACAAAAAUACCAGCUAUGGAAUUUAAACCAAAGAGAAGUUUAGGUCAAAAUUAUUUAAAGGAUGAAAAUAUAAUAAGAAAAAUGGUAAGUGCAAUAGAGCUUAAUGUGAACGAUCUGAACUCUAAAAGUAAUAAAAUAAAUGUCCAAAAAAAGAAGAAACGGGAAAAAAAUGGACGCGCAAGGCAACCAGGAAAAUUUGGGAAAAAUAAGAAAAUUGUAAAAGGUGAAGAGCACAAUGAAGGGGAACUAUAUAAAGAAAAUAAACAUAAAAAGGGAGAAGUUGAAACGAAAUGGAAUACUGGAAAGAGUGGUAGUAGCAUUAGUACUAAUGGAAGUGAUAGUUACAGUGGCAAUGAUUACUUAGGACAUGCCGACAACUAUGGGGGGGGAGUUCCUAAGGAGGAGCCCUUGGAAAGCGUGCAAAACAAAGGAAAGGGUAUUAUAGAACUAGGGUGCGGACUGGGUCAAAUCAGCAAGUUUUUAUUUGCAAAAUAUGAAAACAUGACUGGUGUUGAAAUAGAUAGUCGAGCAAUAUCCAUACUCAGUAGAACUAUGCCAGGUUUUGAUAUUAUUCAUGAUGAUGUAUUGCAAAUAAAUUAUAAAGAAAUGUCUUUAAGUAAAGGAACAAAAUUAACAGUUAUUGGUAAUUUACCUUUUUACAUAACAUCACAGAUACUAUUUUGUUUAUUAGACUUUUAUAAAUAUAUUGAGCAAGCAAUAGUAACUAUUCAAUAUGAAGUAGGACAAAGAAUUGUAGCUAAACCAAAUGAUAAAGACUACUCUAUUUUAAGUAUACUUUUUAGUAUAUAUACAGAACCGCAUUUACUUUUUAAAAUUCCUAGUACUGCUUUUUAUCCAGUUCCCAAGGUAGAAGCAGCUAUUAUGAAAAUCAUUUUUAAAAAAAAUGACUUCACUUGUAAUUUAUUAUAUUUAAAACAAAUUUUAAAAUAUGCAUUUCAACAAAAAAGAAAGAAGUUAAAGUCAAGUUUAAAAACAUUACUUAAUGAACACAAUAUUGAGCAAACAACUCUUCCCUUCUCGGAUUUAAGACCUCAACAAUUAUAUCCUUACCAAUUUAUUGAGCUUACCAAUAUUUUAUUUCCUUUAAGUAAAUAUCCCUUCGAUCCAAAGGUUCAGACAAAAGUAUGGCGCAAAAAGAAGCAUGGAGAAUGA